AUGGGAAUUAGUGACAUUGAGAAAUUAUUUGGUUUUAAAAAUAAAAUUAAAUGGGGAGCGAGUUUUAAAAUCAUAUCAUAUCACUUAUUUGGAAUUUGGUGGAUAUGGCACUACGCGUUCCCCGCCAAACUAUUAACGAUUUUGUUUUUGCCAGUUAUGUACAUAAUAAGUGGAAAAGGCAUCACUUGUGGUGUCCAUCGACUGUUUACACACAAAUGUUAUAAAGUAAAAACGCCACUAAAAAUAUAUCUUCUUUUGUGCUACGUCGCAGCAGGUCAGAAUCCUAUUUACCAAUGGAUCCGUGAUCAUCGUCUACACCAUAAAUUCAGUGACACAAACGCGGACCCCCAUAAUGCGAACCGGGGAUUUUUUUUCUCUCAUAUUGGCUGGCUUAUGACGGUUAAGAACGAAGAGGUAAUAAAAGAAGGGAAAAAGAUUGAUAUGAGCGACAUUGAAAACGAUGAGAUCAUAAUGUUUUUUAAUAGGAAUUCAACCAUACUUAAUUCAAUUUUUUGCUUCGUGAUUCCAACUUUAACUGGCAUACUGCUUUGGAAAGAAGACUGGAAAUGUGCAGUUGCUUGGCAGUGUUUCAUAAGAUUCCUUCUCGUAUUUCAUGGUGAACUUACAGUAAACAGUCUCGCCCAUAUACACGGAUAUACUCCAUAUAACAAGAAAAUUAUACCUAAACAAAACAAACUUGUUUCAACGAUCACCUUCGGUGAGGGUUGGCACAAUUAUCACCACACGUUUCCAUUUGACUACAAGGCGGCUGAAUUUAUUGAUAUGCUUAGCUUUUCGACUUCCCUAAUCAAAUGGUUUGAGAAAAAAGGAUGGGCGUAUGAUCUAAAGGAGGCGAGCCCCGAAAUGGCUUCCUGUUCUACUACUACUACAUUGGAUCUAUAA